AUUCAGUAGGCCGUCAACAAUGCCAGCCGAGAUAACGUGAUUUGCUCGUGAUCGUGCAACGUCUGAUGUGACUGAUGGGCGUGAUCUCUCCGAAUGGUUCGGCCGAAGCUGUCAUCACGUCAUUGUCGUCCCUAUUCUCGAACUCGGUGCUGCACAGGGACUCCACUUGCCAGAGAGAACGACGGAGGCCGACCGCGAUUUUUGUUGAACAUAUUAUGUGGAGCAUGCGGUUUCUUUUCCGUGUUACAGCAUUCCCGACCUUCUUCGGCGCGACCAAGGCGAGCGCGUGUUGAGGCUACAAAUGACUGUGGAGCAUCGAUCUCAUUUCAGGAUGACGUGUCUUUGAGGCUUUUUAUUUAUCGUUUCCCAGAACAUCCAGAGAGCGCGUUAACGAGCGACAAGUUGGGUGGGAUACUCUCUCGGCUCACCAAGUGUUGGCGUCCAAUUUUGCGCGCGUCUGGACACUCAGCAGCGCGAACCCCUCAUUCCGAUUACGGCGAAACCUUUUCAGCCUGAAAAUUCCAUCCCCCGCCUUGUUCAGCAUCCUCUCACCUCCGUCCGCCUCUCACGCCAACUCAGAUUCAUAACGAACAAUGGCUCUCAAUGUCGAAAAUAGUGCUGGGCCCUCCGCAUCAGGCGCGCCCUCGCGUGUCACACUCUCCCUCGGCCAUCUUCCGAGCAAGAAAGACAUCAAAGCACCGUGGCCUCGCACUCCCACCCGUGUCGAUCCCAACAACCCACCAUGGCCCGCCUACCGUGGCUACCACGAAUACUCAUUUGCCCACGCUACCAUGCAAUCGCGUCUUCCGACUAUCCUCGGCAAGGCUAUUGAAGACACGACGCGCACCCUUAAUGAUCAGUACGACGAGGAAAAAGUCGUCGAUCUGGUUGCAUGUAUCGAGCGCAUGGGUGACCUGAUGGCGGACCUGAGCGAGAAUCGCAAACUCCGUCCCAUCAUCGACGAUAAUGAGGCUGAUGUGGCUUUGUGGAACAAGGAAAUUGCAAAAUACUUCCAAGGAAAAGAUUUCAUGAACGCCCCUUGGUUGUUUGCCGAGGCCUACAAGUAUCGGCGACUCCAUGAGUGCUUCAGCAUUAGCAAAUUCUGGAAGGAUUACGAUGUUUUCUAUCGGCAAAAGUGCGAUACCUUCUCUCGAUCAUCUGAAGCGGUCUUCGAGCUUUCAAUGCGCUUCGCCGAGCCUUUCAAGCUUGCGGAUGGAUUGGACGAUGCAGCCAAGCAGGAGGCGGAGCGGUUGAUGUUCUUGGAGCUCACUCAAGUUUGCUUGUGGGGAAACUCGACAGACUUGUCUCUGCUGAUCAACAUGACCGAAGAGCAAAUCAAGUCCUUGCAAUCGACCGGAGGCGAUCACUUGGCGGCUACCGAGAAGAACAUCCUCGGUAAUCACCUGAACCAGCUGUGGGAUACCGUCAAGGGGCUGCGCAAGACGGGUGGCCGCAUCGACUUCGUUCUCGAUAAUGCCGGCUUUGAGCUGUACUGCGACUGUGUAUACGCCGACUUCUUGCUGCAAAGCGGCCUUGCGACCCAGAUCCGUUUCCACGGCAAACGGUUCGCAUGGUUUGUUUCGGACGUUACGAGAAAAGACUGGGAUUGGCUUCUCAACACCAUGGUCUACGGACAAUUGUUUCCGAAGGCUUCUGAUGUCGAGUUGGAAUCUCUACGCCGCCUUGGUCAGCGGUGGAAGCAAUACGAGAAGGAGGGCAAGUGGGUCUAUGAACAGCACCCCUUCUGGUGCACAGGGUACACGUUCUGGGACUUGCACUCUGAAGCUCCCGACUUGUUCCUUCAUCUGUCGCGAUCGGAUCUGGUCUAUUUCAAGGGUGAUCUGAACCACCGCAAGCUCACAUAUGACUGUGCGGCACCGGCGAGCACUCCGUUCGACAUGGCCAUCGGCCCGAUGGCGAGCUCUGCUGGAGCACCAAAAGUUGCCAGUCUGCGCACAAUCAAAAGUGAUGUCGUUGUCGGACUGGGUGACGACGGAGACAAGACCGCGGAGAACCUGGACAAGUCGGAACCAGGAUGGAAGAUCAGUGGCAAAUACGCUGUCGUUCUUCUCUCUGAGGGUCGCCCGGGAGAGAAAGUUCGUUUUGCAUAGAUUACUUUACCAGUCUCUACUUAUUCUACAACAUUACAUGUAUGUACAACCCAAUUCUAGAGAAGCAGCAUUUCUUGAUUGACAGUUGGCAAGUGAUGGGCUUCAUCCCAAAGAUAGGACUUUCCCUCUCGUGCCACUCUUGUGUCCUUACAUACGACUUCAGCAUGUUGCUGCCGAAAUCCGCGUGCCCGACGAACUUCUGCGAUAUUCACUCUUGCACGCGCAAUGCCGCGGCAUUGCGCGCAUCUGUUCUGUGCCGCUAAACUGUAGACCUCAGUGAAUGGACGCUUGCGUUUGUGCGACAGGAUCAAGUUCUCGUCGAUAUAUGGAGGCAAGCCUUGGUGGGCCAGAACUAUGAGACCUAAAACAGGUCCUUGUUCUAUGCAAACGAAGCUCUUCUCUGUUCCUCGUCCGCCCGACAUACAGCUUCUUGACACGGUGGCCGAAACCCAACGUGGUUCUGCAAGUGCUCGGAACAGCAUUCGAUGACGACAACGGCUAGAUGGAUCACCCAACACGUGAAGAAACAUGUGAUGCAAGCAAACGCGUCCAUGUCGAUAUUCUCGCCUCGAAUUAGCUUCCGUAUUCGACGCUGCAGUGCAGUAUGGAGAGUGUGCACUUCGAUCAAAGGCUCCAUGAGGGCGCAUUGGGAGCUGGUUGUAUAAAAGGCAGAGUGGCAUUGGGAGCAUCUUCACCGGCCCAACCAGUCUCUUCUCCAGCAUGCUCGCUCUGACUCUCCUGCCCGCGAUCCUCCUCGCUCUCCGUGUUUCCGCCGGCCCCGUUCUGGUCGAUGAGAACAUCGUCAGCCUGCCCAUCGCCCGUCGCAUCAACGCUACCACCGUUGUCGACAUCAAGCAGGCCGACUACGCGCGGAUUGCGAACUUCAAGGCCGGAAAAAGCAAGCGUGUCUCUGAGCCGGUGUCGAACCAGCUUGUCAGCUACAUCGCCUCCGUCGGUGUCGGUAGCCCGGCUACUACCUACGAUCUCAUCGUAGACACCGGCUCGUCCAACACCUGGGUCGGUGCUGGCAAGAACUACGUUAAGACCUCCACCUCCACCCGGACUGGACGCUCCGUCUCUGUCUCGUAUGGGUCUGGCCAGUUCUCCGGUGAGGAGUACACCGAUCGCGUCACUUUGGCGAGCGGCCUCGUCAUCAACAAGCAGUCGAUCGGUGCCGCCAGCAGCGCCAGCGGCUUCAACAACGUCGACGGCAUUCUCGGCAUCGGCCCUGUCGACCUCACUCAGGGAACCGUGUCCGGCUCUUCCGAGAUCCCCACUGUGGUGGACAACCUGUUCAGCGCCGGAACGAUCUCUCUGAUGUGAUCGGUAUUUCGUUCGAGCCCACGACCUCGUCUGUGGACAACAACGGUGCCAUUUCCUUCGGAGCCCCCGACACCACUAAGUACACUGGCACGCUUACCUACACUUCGGUCACGAGUACCUCCCCUGCCGGUGACUACUGGGGAAUCAAUCAGUCCAUCACCUAUGGCACCACCUCCAUCAUGUCUACCGGACCUGGCAUCGUCGACACCGGAACCACUCUGAUCUACCUGCCCACCGCUGCCUUCAAUAAGUACGAGAAGGCUACCGGCGGUGUCGCUGACAGCGGCACUGGCCUGCUGCGCAUCACCUCUGCUCAGUUCUCUGCCCUCCAGAACCUGAACUUCUUGAUUGGCGGUGCUACCCACUCCCUGACCCCCAACGGUCAGAUCUGGCCCCGUUCCCUCAACACUGCCAUCGGCGGAACUGCAAGCAGGAUCUACCUUGUCGUUGCUGACAACGGUCCCGCUGGCUCCGGCCUUGACUUCAUCAACGGCUACGCCUUCCUCGAGCGCUUCUACUCGGUCUUCGACACUGGCAACAACCGGGUUGGAUUUGCCUCCACCUCGUUCACCUCCGCCACCACCAACUGAGGAGAUGGGCCUGCUGGGCAAGUUUAUGAGUACUAGGCGCUUGUAGACUACAUUCGUUGUUUGUGAAAAGGGGUCAUUUCAUUAUACCUAUCAAAUUGUACCAUCCAUGUCAUUGGUUACGG